AUUGGUGGCGUACGUGAUGUGCGGCUUUGCUACCUGGUGCUAGCUCCUGUUAACACCGGCCGGCAUCCAAUCUUCAUUACUCGCUCAAUUUGGAGGACUUACCACACCGUGUCUUCAACAACUUGUACAGCAUGGAGGCAAAACGGUUGUUACUUAUGCUUCUGGUCGCCACACCUGCAUUCUUGGUGUCAGUAGAUAGCAGCAGCUUGGAAGAACAAGGCUGCCACGAGCAAUGUACCAAUGGAUGUUUUGGACCAGGUGCAGAGGAGUGCUGCCAUGAACAGUGUGCACCUGAUGACGGAUGUACUGACUCGACUGACAUGGGAUGCACGGACUGUCUAAACGUAAGGUUGGACGGGAGGUGCCGAACUGAUUGCGGUCCAGCCUUCAUCUACAACGAAGUCACCUUUGAAUUAGAACCAAAUCCAGACUUCAAGUUCCAACAUGGAUACCAGUGCGUGGAAAAGUGUCCCAAAUUUGCCUUUACGGAGCACUUCAGCUGCCUUGAGGUGUGCGGCAAAGGCUACAGAGCGGAAGGAGAUCAGUGUGUCCGGUGUGGUGGGGCCUGCCCUGUACGAGGUGAAGUCAACCCACUUGUGAACGACCAGUGUGAUGGAGUCAAACAACAUCAGUGGGGUGUGAUUAACAGGAAGAACAGCCCAACAGGUAACGUGACCUGUACACAGGUGUUGAUUGGGCAACCGGGUAGUAAGUUGAAGGCAAAGCUUAUGGACGUGAGCAUUCAAAGCGGCAUCGAUGAGAAGCUGGUACUCGUUGCCGAUGGUUACCGCCAAAGUUUUGACCGCGAGACCUACGCCACAACCUUGUACCUAGAUAGCAACGUUCUCAUCGUCCAGCAUCGCACGGUGGCUACGGGCAAUGGGUACAUGCUAGCCUACAAUUUCAUGGCUCCCGAGGGCGAAGUCGCCGAAGGGUGUGAUCAAGUGUUCACCACAAACAGUGGCAGUUUCCAAAGCCCAGGCUACCCGAACAAAUACCGCAACAGGGAGCGAUGCACCUACCAAAUCAUUGUGGACCCCGGCUAUCGGGUGGAGGUGGUCUUUAACCGUCUCUAUCUGCAGGGGGAAGAACCCUCCUGCCUCUCAGAUCAACUGGAGGUGCGAGAGCCGAUAUUGGGCACGAGCACGACUUACUGUGGCCGCCACAAGCCACCGUUCACCAUCAACUCCAGGACCAACUACCUCGUGCUCAGGUUCGUCUCUGACGACUCGAAUAAUUACAAGGGAUUCACCGCUAAGUUCAAUGCUGUUGAGGUGCCAGAGGGUGAAAAGGAAGACUUCACGGUCGACAGUGGGUUAGAUCUUCCCCUUGCUUUUUAAGAAAAGCCAGUUUUGCCAGUUUUGUUGUGUCUAUAUAGUGGAUUUACAUAGUCGGAUCGGGUGCGAUUGUGUACACAAUACAUACAGACCUAUUUAGUUGGGAACAGAGAAAUAGUGUAGUGUUUCGCUCUUAAUUACUCGGAAAUUGAUAAUCGACCUAAUCCUCAAAUUUCCAAGAGAAGUUAUAUCGUGCGGCAUGUAUCUUAUUGUAGACUUUAGUUUGAAUAGCUUAUACAGGUUACUUUUUAUUCGAAGAUGAUACAUGUAGUUAGCGCAGGGUUAUGGAAUAUGACGUACUUUUUAAUAGACUUUUUAUCGGAAGAGCUAUUUCUAACGAUUUCGAACAUUUUUGAUAAUGUUCCCUUGGAUAGAGGAUUCUGUCAGCGCUAUAGAGCAAUUUAUUUGCAAGGUGAGGGCCCCAAACACACUGGCAGCCAAAUCCAACAACAAAAUGACAGGAAAAAAUGUUGUUUUUCCACGGUACAUACCGGUAAAAACAGCCGUCUGCCAAGAUGUGUGAUAUUCGCUCAGGAUGCAUGAUGACCACGUCUGCCAAGUAACUACAAUAUCUACUGUGGGUCAAGUGACCAGACUAGGAGAGUGUCAUACUCAGGUUUAAUUGCUUGUCUUCAUUGGACCAUUAAUGUCUGGAUCGCCAAAAGCAAAGAAGAUGAAAUCAAAAGCUUCACCUAGCCGCAGUGUCCUCGUAAAAAACUCAUGCAUGCCAGUUAGAAAUAGGCCUACCACCAGCAGGCAUCUUUAAAUAUCAAACAUCAAAUAUCUGGUAUGUGCUGGCACCAUUUGUUGGGGCACACAUUAAUGUGAGUGUACACUGGCGUACGACGUAUAAUUUUUUCUGACCCGUACAUUAAAGAUAAGGCAGCUUUAAAAGCAACAUAUUCCAGCGUCUUCAGUACGAAGCUUUUUAUGCGCAGUUCUUGCGUCCUUAGUUAUGUAAACGUGCUAGUCAUGAGAAACCAUUGUGUUUGUUUCCAUCUGUUGAAGAUCAAACAACAUCAGAAACUAUGUUGUGACACACUCUAAAACUCCUGGGUCAGAGUGACCUAGAAUUGGGUCCCAUUCGGCGUGACCCUUUUCCGGGUCAAAUUAUGACCCAGAAAGGGUCAAAUACGAACCGCAAAGGGGUCAUUUUUUGACCCAGAAAAGGGUCACGCCGGAUGGGACCCAAUUCUGGGUCAAUCUGACGGGAGGGGGUUAGAGUGUAGUUACAUUAAAAAUUAGGGUUAUUCUUGAAACUAUAGGUAGCGCAAAUAAACGUUAGACAGAUUUAACAUUA